AUGCCUUCGGUUUCGAGCCACAGAAAAAGCAAACUUUCAACAAAAUCGGAAAAAUGCAUGCAACAGUCAGUGCCAGACGAAUUCGAGCUUGAAUAUGUUGACGAAGAACACAUUCGCGAAUUCGCGAAGGCCCUCGCCGAGGACCCUAACAAGGAUCCAACAGAACACAUUGCAGCUAUGACAGACUUUAUGCCAAUAAGACAAAAGAUUAAGGAGAAAAAUCGCCCAGGAGAAUUUGAGGGAUAUUCAUACCACGUUGCUAGGUUCCCGAUGAUGCUUCGACAAGCCAACACAUACAAAAAAUGGAUUUCUGCCGCCAAUGAGCUGGAUUCAUAUUUCGGGUAUAACGAAUGGAAGGACGAAAUGCAAUUCAGAUACUAUGAUUAUAACUUGAUCAAGAAAGUCAACCACGACCUAGAACGUUUACGAAGCGAACCGAACAUAAAUGUCCAAAAAUUAAAAAAUGCAUUGCAUAAUUGUGUAAAAAAUAAUUUUGCCGGUGUCGAGAAUACCAGACUGUAUUCUCAGACGUAUUAUGGAACGAAACAGAUUGUCGAAAAAUAUAUUGAUGAAGUAACGGAGUCUCUAGAACUAGUACGUACAACCAAAAUGCUGUCUAGCAAGGAAAAGCGGAAACUUUUUAAAAAUGCGGAUGAUAACUUUGGAAGGACGGCAUUGUGUCUCAGUGGUGGUGCCAGUUUUGGUUAUUUCCAUUUAGGAGUUGUCAAAGCUCUUUUCGAAGCCAACCUACUCCCAACAGUGUUAACGGGAACUAGUGCUGGUGGUUUGAUUGCAGCGUUAGUCUGCGUGAGAACUGAUGAGGAGCUGAAACAAGUUCUGACACCGGAGUUGCACACACGGCUCAGAGCAUGCUCUGACCCGUUUAACGUUUGGUUCCCGAGAUGGUGGAAUACCGGUGCAAGAUUUGAUUCGUGUGAUUGGGCUAGGAAGUCUCAGUGGAUAACGAAGGGGAGCUUGACAUUCAGAGAAGCGUACGAAAGGACGGGCAGGAUUUUAAAUAUAUCAGUGAUACCUUAUGAUCCUCAUUCACCGCCAAAAGUUUUAAACUACAUUACUGCACCUGAUUGCGUAAUUUGGUCCGCAGUAAUCGCAAGUGCAGCCGUACCCGGCUUUUUGAAUCCCGUUGUGCUGAUGCAAAAGUUAAAAGAUGGCACCAUAAUACCUUACAAUUAUGGUCACAAAUGGAAAGAUGGAUCCCUCCGAACGGAUAUUCCCAUUCAACAGCUUAAUAUGCACUUUAAUGUCAAAAACACCAUCGUCUCUCAAGUCAACCCGCACGUGCAUUUGUUCUUUUACGCGCCACGUGGUUCAAUUGGUCGCCCGGUGACACAUCGACAAGGAAAAGGUUGGCGAGGUGGAUUCCUGUUCGCCAGCACAGAACAAUACCUGAAAUUGGAUCUUAGCAAAUGGCUAAAGUGGAUACGUGAUCUCGAACUUUUGCCAAGAAUAGCGGAUCAAGAUUGGAGCUCAAUUUGGUUGCAGAAAUUCGAAGGGAACAUUACCAUUUGGCCCAAGACUACCAUCCUGGACUUUUUCUACAUUGUUUCGGACCCUGAUAACGUGCGCCUGAAUAGGAUGAUUCAGAUCGGUCAACGCGUCACCUGGCCAAAACUCCAUAUGAUUGAAAAUCGCCUUCGAAUAGAACGCGCAAUUCAGAAAGGAAGGGAGACUGUAAGGCGAGAACUUCGUCAACAGCAAAAGAACAAUGGUGACCACAAGGACAUUUAUAGCAAAGAUGAUGGAUUUGAUUUGGGAAAUAAUGGUGUGCAUGGCGAACUUGAGGACAGUGUUAGUAGUGGAACUGGAACGGACAUGGGAAUAGAUAGCGAUAGUGGAAAUGAAGUUGUUAAUGCAACAGAGGAGAAUGAAUUAACAUUAUCUGACCAUACAUACACUAGUUCUUCCUGUUCAUCCGAAGGAGAAAUCAUUUGA